UAAAGUGAAGCCAACCCGCUCCCCUCUCUGUCUUGUCUCUGUUGUUCUUUCUCUCUUCACACUCUGAAGAAAGAAAUUAAAAAUUAAAAAAAAAAACCGAGUUUUUCUCGGGAUUGAUUUUUUAACUCUUUAAAUCAAUUCCAGUUCACUGAUCACCGAUACCCUGCAUUUCUUUCCAAUUUUGAAAUGGACCGACGAGGAUGGCCAUGGAAGAAGAAAUCUUCCGAAAAGACUGGAACUGACAAGCAGGCGGUUGUAUCUGAUGGAACCAGUGCUUCUUUGUCUUCCUUAGCAUCUCUUGGAGAUCAGGAAAAGUGUAAGAAGGUAAAUUAUGUUCAAAUAUCCAUGGAGUCUUACGUACAUUUGACUGGGUUAGAGGAUGAAGUUAAAAAGUUAAAGGAUCAAGUUAGAUUAUGUGAGGAUGAAGUAAAGAAUUUGAAAGGGAAACUAUCUGAAGCCGAUACAGAGAUCAAGUCUAAGGAUGGUUUGAUUAGUCAACAUGCUAAAGUUGCUGAGGAAGCUGUUUCAGGAUGGGAAAAGGCGGAUGCGGAAGCUUUUGCGUUGAAACGACAACUUGAAAAUCUUACUCUCUUGAAGCUUUCGGCAGAGGAUCGAGCAGCCCAUUUAGAUGGUGCGCUUAAGGAGUGUAUGAGACAGGUAAGGAAUGUGAAAGAGGAAAGUGAGCAUAAAUUGCAUGAUGUGGUUCUAGCCAAAUCUAUACAAUGGGACAAAGUAAAGCUCGGUCUUGAAGCGAAAAUAGCUGAAUUAGAUGAAGGGCUUUUGAGAGCAGCAGCUGAAAACCAAGCGAUUUCAAGCUCGUUGCAUGAGCGGUCAAAUUUGAUAGUUCAGAUUGAGGUAGAAAAAUCUAAAGCAGAAGCUGAAAUGGAACUUAUUAAGGAAAACCUUAUGUUACGUGAGAAGGAAAUAAGCUCACUCAAGUAUGAGUUACAUAUGGUUUCUAAGGAGCUCGAAAUUCGCAACGAAGAAAAGAAUAUUAGUGUAAGAUCUGCAGAAGCAGCAAACAAGCAACAUUUAGCGAGUGUUAGCAAAAUUGCUAAACUGGAGGCAGAGUGUCAAAGAUUACGUGGCCUUGUUCGUAAGAGGUUGCCGGGGCCAGCUGCAUUUGCCCAAAUGAAGCAAGAAAUUGAUCAUUUUGGCCGAGAUUUUGGUGGACCUCAAUCAAAAAGGAAUGCGGUUAAGAAUCCUAACCCGAAUUUGUCUCCACAGAUGGAAUUUUCUGCUGGCAACUUGCUGCAAUCCCAAAAAGAGAUUGAUUAUCUUAAUAUGCGUUUGUUGGAGAUGGAAGAGGAAACAAAGAUGCUUAAAGAAGCCUUGGCCAGUCGCAAUAGUGAACUGCAGGCUGCCAGAGACAUGUGUGCUAAGACGAGUGUAAAGGUCAAGAGCUUAGAAGCACAAAUACAGGCCCUUAAUAAUCAAACAAGCUCCCCUAAGUCAAGCAUCGGGCACCCUGCCGGCGAUCUUUCAAGUCAAUAUGCUAGCAAUGCACCUAGUAUCACUUCCACGUCUGAAGAUGGGGUUGAUGUUGAAGGACGCUCAGCUGAAUCUUUGCUACCGGUGACCUCUGAUAUCUCUCAUUUGGGGAUGCAGAAGAGUAGCCAUAAAGUUCACAAGCAAAAGAAUCCCAAUUGCUUGGAAUUGAUGGACGACUUUUUGGAGAUGGAGAAGUUGGCAUGUCUACCAAAUGAUGCUGGUGGAGCUAAUGAUGUUUCAAGCCAUCCAGGUAAUUAUGGGAAUUAUAGAGCAGAAGGUAAUACAUCACGCAAUGCUGUCCAAGAUCAGGACCUCUUCUCUGUGCAAGAGUUUGGUUUUAGUCCAUCAUCAAAGCAGGGUUCUUCAAGUGCAAGAUCCUCAACAACGGAGCUUCAGCAGGAUGUGAAAAAUCUGCCCUUCCUAAAGCUUCGGUCGAUGAUUUCUUCGAUAUUUGAGUCUCAAACUAAGGACUUGAAUUUGGGGAAGGUUUUGGAGGAUAUCAAAUGUGCUAUUCUGGAAAUACAAGGUUCUCUGCCUCAGCACUGUUUAUAUGAAGGAGUUCAAGCAGGUCAUAGUCCCUCUGAUCCAAAGGAUGUAUCUGGACAGAGUUUGAUAUUCUUAGAUGAAGAGAACAUUACUAAGAAAAAUUUGGCAUCUGCAAUAUCUCAGAUUCAUCAGGUUGUACUAUCUAUUGGCAGAGAAGCAGUGAGAGUUCAGGACCCUCCUUCUGAUGGCCAUAGGCUAAGCAAAACGUUAGAUGACUUCUCUGCCUUUGCGGAUAAAUUUGUAUUUGACAAGAAGGGUUUGGUUGACUUCAUCUUAAGACUUUCUCAUGUUUUUGCUGAAGCUGAUCGACUGAACCUUGGUUUCCUGGGAUAUAGGGAUUAUGAUAGAAAUGCCAGCGAUAAUCAUUGCAUAGACAAGGUUGCUUUGCUAGAGAAUAAGGUUGUACAAGAUAACCCAUUGAAACAUGCAUGUGGCGGAGGGUGUCAUCUUUGUCAUUCCUGUCCUGAUUCAGAGGUAAUUAGAAUCUCCGAUCCAAGUUUUCAACCCAGUGCUACAUCAUGCUCAUGCUUAUUGAAAGAGUUGGAACAGCUGAAGUUGGAUAAACAAAAUAUCACAGUGGAUCUUGCAAGAAGCACCGAAGAUCUUGAAAAUGUAAAGUUGCUGCUGCAGGAAACAGAGAAUAGUCUAACUGAACUGAAGUUACAGUUGGCUUCCUCUCAAAAUCUUCACAGUCUCGCUGAAACUCAGCUAAAAUGUAUGACUGAGUCUUACAAGUCACUGGAAUUGCGUGCUCAAGAGUUAGAAGCUGAAGUAAACCUUCUGCAAGAAAAGUCAGCGAAGUUAGAUGAUGAACUACUAGGAGAAAAGCGUGGCCAUCAGGAUGCGCUGGCUAGAUGCAAGGAUCUUGAGGACAGAGUGCAAAGGAAUGUGGCCUCCUUUUUCUGUCCGUCAUCAGCAAUAGGAGAUUCUGAAAUGAAGAUGAAACAGGAAAGAGAGUUAAAAGACGCAGCACAAAAGCUUGCAGCAUGCCAGGAGACCAUAUAUCUUCUUGGGAGGCAGUUGCAAUCUUUGCACCCUCAGACAGAGAACCACCAGACUCAUCACAGCGACAAGUUGUCGGGUGAAAAUUCUGCAGAAGGCAGACUGAAUCAUAGUGGUUCAAAGGCACAGGAUAUUCACCACAUCGAUGAUUUUGAUCGCAUUGAGACAGACAGUGUAGCUUCUGCUGAUGUGCAAUCUGUGAGUGAGGAUUCCUUGCAUUAUAGUCAUUCCACACCAAGUCCCUUUGAUAAUGAGCCCAAUCUUUCAUCGAGUUCUUUGACGAGCUUGUCUCACCUCAGCCACAGGCGUACCAAAUCUACAUUCUCUGCUUCUACUCUUGAGCGAGAGAAACAUUUACAUAGUUUUGGUCGUCUUUUUUCAUUGGAAGGGAAGAAUGAGCAGUAGAAUUGUGCCAUCUAGCUUUUGUAUAGAUUUCCAGGUUUAUGGGAUAUAUGGUAGGCUCUGAAUUUGCCAUAGCAAUUCGGCUGGCCCCAUCUGUCCUAGAUAUUAUUUCUUUCUCUUUUUCACUCAGAGUGCAGUUGGGGUUCUGAUCGGAACUCGCAGAUUGUAGAAAUUAUAGUAAUGAUGAAAUGAAAUGGCAGAUCUAUAUGCCCUUAUAAUUAA